AUGGCUUCGGCGUCGCAUACCGACUCCGAUUCGCGAGAAACGUUCAAGUUCCCAGCUUUCCAACCUGACCUCCUGCCCACCCAUGAGGAGGAACCCUACGGGCUGAGCACGUCGCGAUCAGCAAGUCCAGCCCCUUCUAAUGGAGCGAUUCCCUCGGUGAAGUGGGAACCGCGGAAGGAGCAGAGAUAUGCCUACUCAAGCCCCCUCGCGCCAGGGAAUGCGACCAGACACGGUCGGCAGAAGAGUCUGAGUGAGGCUAUUCGGACAAUCCGCACGCCAGGUCGCAAAGCAAGCGUCAGCCAAAAUGCGCAAGAAAUUGCACAGGCAUUAAAGGCGCCCAUGUCGCCGCACCUCAUCAUGCUAUGCGGUGUAUGGUACAUGACCUCUAUCUUCUCCAAUACCUCCUCGAAGGCGAUCUUGACCGCGCUCCCCAAGCCCAUCACGCUUACGCUCGUACAAUUCGCAUUCGUGUCGUCAUGGUGCAUAUUCCUUGCCGCGCUGGCGAGAAGAUACCCACGACUGAAGCAGACAAUACCGGUCUUGAAGUUUGGCAUCCGCCCUCCCACCAGGGACCUGCUCAUGACUACUCUACCAUUGGCAUUGUUCCAAAUCGGAGGACACAUCUUGAGCUCAGAUGCCACCCGGCGGAUACCCGUAUCUUUGGUCCAUACGAUCAAAGGUCUCUCCCCGCUGUUGACCGUCGCCGCAUAUCGAAUCUUCUACGGCAUCCAUUACAGCAUCCCCACGUACCUCUCCCUGAUCCCUCUCACCCUGGGCGUAGUCCUGGCUUGCUCCGCCGACUUCAAUGCAAACUUCAUGGGCCUCCUCAUGGCCUUCGCCUCUGCGAUCCUCUUCGUCACGCAGAACAUCGUCUCCAAACAGAUCUUCAAUGACUCGGCAGCCGCAGAACGUGACGGCCUCGCACCUACCAAAUUCACCAAGCCAGACAAAUUGAACCUCCUCUGCUACUCCUCGGGUCUCGCUUUCCUCUUCACGUUCCCCAUCUGGCUCUGGUCUGAGGGCUUCACCCUCCUCGGCGAUUUCCUCAGCGAUGCCUCGAUCUCGCUCUCCAACCGGCCGGGAUCCUACGACCACGGCCGCCUCCUCCUCGAAUUCCUCUUCAACGGCACGUUCCACUUCGGCCAGAACAUUGUCGCCUUCGUCCUCCUCUCCAUGAUCUCCCCGGUUACCUACUCCGUCGCCUCCCUCAUCAAGCGCGUCUUCGUCAUCGUCUUCGCCAUCAUCUGGUUCGGAAAACCCAUGACCAACAUCCAAUUCUUCGGCUUCUUCCUCACCUUCCUCGGCCUCUACCUCUACGACCGCACCUCCGACGCUGCGAAAGCAGACAAGCGCGCCCGAGCCUUGCAAGCCAAAUCCCAAAGCACCCUCCUCCCACUCUCCACCGCCAAUACCGCAUCGGACAAGCUCCCCCGCAACCCCAUCAUCACCGCCUCCCCCUCAACAAUGCUGUCCGCAGGCACGGGCGCAUACCCCAAGUCCUCUACCACGGCCAUCGCCGCAGACCCCCGCGACGACAAGAGGACAGACAACCUCGCAUCGGCGGGACAUCAGCCCGCGAGCUGGCUGCCCCCGGGCACGAAGCAGGAGGAUACGUGGAGGCCGAAUGGCAGGGCUGGCGGUGUGGGUGUCUCGUACGGUUGA